AUGGAGGCCGACAACAUUCGACACAAGCCAAGCAUGGACGAAACGGGUCGAAAGAGUGUCGAUCAGGAAGGCACUGGCCAAGAAGAGGUCAAGAGCCUUAUCAAUGCCAUCCAGGUUCAGCCUAAUGUUGUCAAUGCCAUGUCUGAGUCAACUGCAUGCCUCUCGAGCAGAAACCAUUUCCGCUUCCUCCACCUGCCCGCCGAGGUCCGUAACAUGGUUUAUCGAAACGACGACACCUACGGCGUCUCCUACGACCCCACCAGCGGACCAGAGCCGGUUGAUAGUGUUGGCAAGAGCCUGCCCGAAUUAUGGCAGCCCCCGAUCACCCGUGUCAACAGGCAAAUACGCCAGGAAUGCCUAGACAUCUUCUACGACAUGUUCUACUUCUUGUUCAAUCUGAACGUGCGAUCCGAGGAGGUGGCAGGAGAAGAACGAGUUAUCUUGCACCCAGCAUCCGAGGGUCAGGCCUCUUUGCAAUCUUUCCAUGAGAUGAUUCAAGCUUUCGCACCGAGCCCCACGAACAUGCUACGCACCAGCAACCUGCGAUUUCUGUCAAACUUGAUCAUCAACAUCACUCUCAAGGGACCUGAUGAGGACCUUGGAAGCAUAGGCUUCCACAUGACUUCGGCGGACAAAACAGACUUCAAUUCGCUGGCCGUUCGCGGCCUGGACUGGAACUGCCGUAACGCUGUCCUGUCUGCCUGGGUGGAGGCGGCCAAGGGGAGCGCUUUCGAGUGGGAUUUCGAGUUCGGUAUGGAACCCAACAAAUUCGGGUAUCUUGCACACCGGGCAUUGGUUGAGAAGAUGGUCGGUCUCCUGUGCUUGAUCGCUGAGCACUGCCCGCAGCUGACACGGAGUGUCUCCCUCAUCUACAAGGGUCACGGCUUGUAUGGGGAGGAACUCGAGGACUUGGCUAGUGACGCCACAUGCCUUGAGUACAUGUCGGAGUUCUUUAGCUCGAGCGAUACAGUGGUUUGA